AUGUCGGCGCCGAGCUCCAGCAUUGUUGUUUCCCCCAGUCUGAGCAAGUACACAUCGCUUUUCAAUCCAGAUGAAAUACAAAGCAACCAGGAAGCCCAGUAUGCUGCUACUGGAGGAAACUCAUCUUACUCUGACUUUGUGAAUGAUGAUAAAGUAGAGGAUGAUCGUGGCCCAAGCGAGAUACGUGGCUCCAAGGGUGAAGAUUCAGAAAUACCACAUGCGAACGACGUUGGCGAUUCUGAUGACGAAGAGUAUGAGCCUCCGUCUUCACGUAAAGAUCUAGAGGGAAGCCCUCCGAGGUUAAAUAAAUUCCAUGGGCCACCAUCCACCUGGAGAGGAUGGACUAGACGGGAACGGCACGAAUAUGCUGCAUUGGAAACCAUGCGGUCAAGAGAUCUUUCUAUUCACCUAUACAACUCGUUUACGCUUAAGAACAAAGCAAAGAAAGCCAAAGCCAGAACACUGGCAACAGAAACGUUUAAUGGAGCUUCAAGUGAAGAGCAACAAGAUUCAAUAUUCUCUUUUGCUCCCAACAGAGGCUGGACCGCUUGGCCUAUGCCUACCGAUGAAGUUCCAAGAGCGGAUGAACGUAUAAACAAGGACCCGGACGAUGCUUGGACACUGAGCAUGGUGCCGGAUAAUAGGCCCAGUGCGGAAUUGGAAGAAUGUAUCCUCGCGCACAUGAUGAGAAUAUCCAGACAAAGGUUUGAGGCAAGACCUUGGGACUGGCGUGAUGCUCGACGGUUUGAGAGGGAAGGAUCACCAUCAGGAUAUGAUAGUGAAAGUGUGCCAGUCAAGGACGAAAAUAGAUCCGAUGACUUGUUACCACCAAGCCCUGAUCUUCAUCCUGUAAUUCAGACUGAUGAUGAAAAGUCUAGGAAGCUUCUUCGCCCAGAGGCAAGAAAUAUCCUAGAAAGGCUUGACAACCUUUUACUGAACCUCCAGGCAGCACGGAGUACAUGUGCUGCGGUAUCCCGAGGAUCAAAAAGAGAGUCAAAAUUGCCAAAUACAGGAGCCAGAAGCAGCACACUAAAUGACGAGGCUAGGUCCCCAAGUCAAAUUAAUUACGCUUGCUCUGUAAUAGGGUCUGAGGACGGUGUCAAUAGUGGAGAUGAUAAGAUUACGUCAACUUCGCCAUUACAAGACCGCGAAAAUAGGGUUGAUAGAUUCGAAUAUCACCUCCCUUCUCAAACAAGUCCCCAAAAACGCCCGGUACGUUUCGGCCUUCGCGACUGGAGUGAAGUUCUCGGCAUGGCCUCGUUGACUGGAUGGCCGACAGUGGCAGUCAUGAGGGCUUCUCGACGGUGUGCAGACCUGUUUGGAGAAGAUCAGGAGUUUAGAACUAUGUACGAGAACCCAGUGCAACUCGGGAAAACAGAAGAUGGCAUGCCGUGCUGGAGACAUUCAGAGUCAGACCAGUCAGACGCAGAAGCCCAACCGACGGGGAACCGGCCAAUGUUCAGUGGCAUUGACAAUCCAAAACAAGACGAAAGAUACUGUCCUGUUGCAGGCUGUCCGCGUCAAUUGAGAGGGUUUUCUAGGGCUUGGAAUCUUAACCAGCAUCUUAAAAAGGCCCAUGCAGAUCUAUUGGCGGAGUCGAAAGUUCAGCUUGCCAAACGGGUGUAUAAAUGA